CUAUAGACGUCUGGAGGUCGACCACAGAUGAUUUUCACAUUGUGUAGCUUAUUCAGUAUUGCACCAUGUCUGCUGUUACCAAUCAGCCUCUUCCCUUUGGUCGUCUGGAGCGAGAAAAGCACAUAGAGAUGAUUUUCAGAGCUUUCCAGAACAGGUGUGGACCUUCAUGUGACUGCAACACUCAGUCAUCUAGACCCACACCUCAUGAAACAUCUCCUCACCAGGACUCUGAUGAGCUGCCUUCUGGUUUGGCUCCUGGGAGGAAGACACUGAACAGCAACAUACAGCAGAUGGGUGGACUGAAGACAUCAGGACCGGAGGAGCCCAGAGGAACCGACAAUUUAUCUGUGUUGGAUACAAUCAGUCAGAUUCACAUAACUGCCAGACCAGAGCUACAGGGUCCACAGUGUGUUCCCAGGAGGAUCUACAACAUCACCUCUGAAGGCACCGACCUGCCAUUAUUUGUAGCUGUGGAAGAGAGUUCCUGUGUGUGUCUCCAGUGUUGUGGACCAGCUCGGGCCUGCUCAUUGCAAGGCUUCAACUGCAAGGGCCGCCAGGUUUUUUAUUUGGAAAGGCCACUCAGGAUGGACGCCUGCUGUUUCGGCUGCUGUCUGAUGGAGAUGAGGGUCUACACACCUCAGAAACAUCUCAUUGGCUCUAUUUGCCAAAGGUGGAGCAUGUUCACCCCUCUUCUGGAAGUGUGCGACUCUAAUGGAGUGUCUGCCAUCAGGAUUCAAGGUUCCUGCUGUCCCUGCCGCUGCUUAUCCAACCAGCAGUUUCAGAUUGUGUCCAACAUUGGUGAGAACAUUGGCACAAUAUGGAAGAGAUGGCCUGGAUUCAAUGAAGAACAUAACAUGGACCAUGAAUACUUUGGAUUGGAUGUGCCUCCCAGUAUGGAAUCACACACUAAACUCUUGCUUCUGGCAGCCACCUUCUUACUAUCUCACAUGUUCUUCGAGAUGAGCUGAAGAGGAGCAACCAAAAUUGUGAUUUCACAAAGCUCCCAUUUUUUAUAGUACAAUAAACUGCUUCUGAGCUGAAUUUCUUUAAGAAAGCAAAAUGUCAAAAUGCCAUAAAAAAUACCUGAUAUUGUAUAUUAUGACUAUUAUUCUAUAAAAGCCAUUUAUGAAAUAAGUGACACACACGUCCUUUUUAGCAGCAGAUGCAUAUUUGACAUUUAUUGCUAUAAUCAAUCAGGUGUACAUCCAACAGUGUUUUUUGUUCACGUUUGACACACACCUGCUCCCAUCGCCACACCACCCACCCUGGGCCGCAUUAGUUUUUCAACAAACUAUAAGCGCGUUCUUGACAUGGAUCUGAAAAAUGCUCCCGGAGGAUUGAUAAAAACUGUAACAGACGCUGGGCCCAUUCACUACAAAAUGGAAAGGGAGUGAAGGUCAGUGUGUCAGGACUCCUGUACACAUCCCUUAAAGCGGACCCCAUCCCUUGAAUUCUUUAAAGGCAUGGUAAAGACAAAACUGACAGAGGGAACCUGGUUCGGGUCAGGCUCGAGGCCAGGCACAGUGAUUGAGGCAGCUUGGCAGUCCAUUUAUACAACCUUCUGCCCGGACACAGGAUGGUCCUCAUCCUUUGGGAUUCAACUUCCAGGUCAAAGACAGAGAAUAAUUGCUGAUUCAAUUAAACCAUCUUUGAAGUGGACUGUAUUUAUGAAUACAGUAUAUUGUACAAUGAUAGCAAUAAUUCUGGCAUGAAAUGAACAAAGGAACUGUAGUUAAAAUACAACACUGUAAUAAAAUAACUUGUACCUGCAACCCUGUUUGAGUCCCAA